CAAGACCCUUACCCACUGGUUGGCCGUGGCAAUGCAGGACCUAUUGAAAUGGAUGAGACACUCGUUCCUCAUACGCCCAUUGAUCGCUCUCAUGAAACAACCAAUACCAAGCGCGCGCGGUUGUUGUGGCAAUCACGGAAACGUGGUAUUUUGGAGACGGAUCUGCUCUUGUCUACCUUUGCAGCCAAGGCACUGCCUGAGAUGGAUGCGACAGAGCUUGAGUUGUAUGAUAAACUGCUGGAUGAGCCAGACUGGGAGAUCUACUACUAUGCAACUGGCAAGAAACCUGCACCGGCUGCCUUUGAGGGUAGCCAGCUGAUGGAGCGACUGAAGCAACACACAGCCAAUGAGGAGAAGCAAACGCGGUCAAUGCCGAGCUUG